UUAUUGAAAGGUGACCUCAGAUAUUACCCUUCGUCGAUGACCGACAACGCACGAAACUGAAUUUUUACGUAGGGAAAAAGGGCUGCAAAAAUGUCGAAACGUAUGAAUGAAAUCAUCCUCAGAAAUCACUAUUGGCCAAAUAGAUUUGAGUUUCGGCAAAGAGAGUUUAAGCUGAGAGAUAAAGUGGCUUUAAGAAAGAAUAGGCCUGGAGCUGCGGAAUGCAUCACGGAGAUGAGUGUUUUAAUGGCAUGCUGGAAAAAACAUGAUUAUAACGACACAGAUUGCACUGAGGAGAUCCGACUUUUCGAGAAGUGCUGCAUGGAAGCCAAGAAAGUGAGACAGGAAACCAAGGCUGCCGUUAAGAGCGGUAAAAUUGCUGGCAAGAUGACCAGUCAGCAAGCGACAAGUCUCCUGCAACAGUUUCCACAGCCUAGGUGACAAAAGCGGGCUCAAGGCUUGAUGUAGAUGUAGAUAUUUCAAUAAAUGCAGAACUGUUAGGCUCUAUUGGAAUUACACUUCUGUCAUAUUGUGCUCCAGUGUGAAGCAUACUUCAAAAUCGGCUGAGAUAAUUUCUGUUUUCAAAGAAUAUAUCCAGUUCAUUUUCCUUACAGAGCAGUAGUUUAAAUCAUAUUACAUGCACGUGUAUUCAGUUAAAAAGAUUGUCCGGAUGCAUUCAAGUUCUCACAAGUCCAUAAAAGUCCCUCAAUUGCAAAUACCAGCCUCCUGCUACUUACGUGAUCUGUGAAUAGUGAGACCCCUGUUUACAUGGCCAAGGUUAUGAUGGAUUUGUGAUGGGCAUUGCUACACUCCCCAAACUUUGGAGCAUUGAAUGAAUAGCCAAGAAGUAUGCUUGCACAAAUGUGAAAGGUUUGGGAUAAUACUGUGGCAAGAUAUUUUUUGACUCAGAGGACGAGGAGUCGAUUUAUAGCACUUGAUGUCCUGAGCAGGAUUCUCCAAACAUUGACUUUUCCAUCUCCCCCUCACAAUCUUUGCUUCAAUGAGGCAGUUGGUUUGUCAUAUUGCUUUGGCAGUACCCAUGAAUCAGUCAUGAUCAAGAAAGGGUUUGCAUGGCAGCCAUCUUGCAGGCCAGUGCUUUUGUUCCACAGGGUAUGCACAAAGGAAGUUUCCCUGUGGAACAAAAGAACAGCCCUGCAAUAUGGCUACCACGCAAAAUCUCUAUUGGACAACACAUAGUGCAGGGAUCCAACCAUAUGCGUAGCUGUGGAGUAGCUCCUUUUAUGGCAGUAACAAUGUGGUUACGGCUCUGAACACAAAGCAGCCACCUCAAUUAAGCCAAAUUGGCAGGUUCCCAAGAAAGUGGUCAUGUGCCCAGACUGGUUUGCAUGAAGUUCUUUAGGAGACCCAUACUCAUACGCACAGACAAGCACACCACAGGCACACAGGCUAGUGUGAUUAAAUAAUACCAAUUUAUUAGACGAUUAAGAAUGUACAAAUGUACAAAGAAUUGAUGAAACACUAAUUAGACAUGUCAGCUUGUGGAAUUUCAAAUAAAUUCUCAAAGAACUUUUCCACCAGUGGAA